AUGCCAAUACAAACACAAUCGUUAAAACGCGGGUUAGAAGAUCAAUGUGAUGACGCAAUAAGGAAAAAGUCUUUAAGCAGGGAAGAAGAAAGGACGUAUUAUCCAAAUGAUCGCACUACACUACCACGAGAAGAAAGUCAAGGUGAUCGCACUGCACCACCACGAGAAGAAAGUCAAGGUGAUCAUACUACACCAAUACGAGAAGGAACAUAUUUCCUAGAUACUGCCUAUACCGCAUCCGAUUUUGGAGUUAAGUAUUAUAGACUUUGUCGCUGUCAUGACGCAAGUGAAAAAAAUUCCGAAGCUGUAAAUAAUUCAUCUCAAAUAUUAAAGCACGGGUUGGAAGGUAACGAGGAUAAUAAGGGAAUGAAGGGAAAAGUCACCAGAAAUACAUGCGCGAAUGGUAACAAUAUUUUUACGAAAAAUUAUUAUGACAAUGAUCGCGUAAUAAUUGAUGAUGUAGAAGAUCUCUACUUUCAAGAUGGUGAUCCAACUAACGAUUAUAAAAUAAAAGAGAUUAAUGUAUCUCAAAUGUUUAGAAAAUAUCAAAACGAGUCAGUAAGAAUGUCUAAAAAUGGCGGUUUAUUCGUCGAAUCUAACGUCCAUGAGAUUUUUUCAUUGUCGUCGAUAUUUUUAUUGUACGAAAUUCUCAUUCAAACAAAAUGGUCAAU